AUGUUGAAGCCUAUUCAUUAUCUAUCUAUCUAUCUAUCUAUCUAUCUAUCUAUCUAUCUAUCUAUCUAUGUUCAUAUCUACUUAGACUGGAGUAGAGUCGACUUUCUUUCUUUCUUUCUUUCUUUCUUUCUUUCUUUCUUUUAUCACCUUUCUUUCUUUCUUUCUUUCUUUCUUUCUUUCUUUUUUUUUUUUUUUCUUUCUAUUAGUUCUUUCUUUUUUUUCUUUUUGUUUUUUUUUUUCUGUCAUCUUUCUUUUCUUUCUUUUUUUAUUGAUUUGUUCUUUUGUUUAUUUCUGUUUUAUCUUUUCCGUCACCUUUUUUUUUCUUUCUAUCUUUCUUUCUUUCUUUCUUUCUCUCUUUCUUUCUUUCUUUCUUUCUUUCUUUCUUUCUUUCUAUUAGUUCUUUCUUUUGAUUCUUUUUGUUUUUCUUUUCUGUCAUCUUUCUUUCUUUCUUUCUUUUUAUUGAUGUGUUCUUUUGUUUAUUUCUGUUUUAUCUUUUCCGUCACCUUUUUUUUUCUUUCUACCUUUCUUUCUUUCUUCCUUCCUUUCUUUCUUUAUCUCCUUCUUUCUUUGUUUUCUUAUUUCUUUCUUUCUUUUUCUAUUAUCACCUUUCUUUCUUUCUUUCUUUCUUUCUUUCUUUCUUUCUUUCUUUCUUUCUUUCUUUCUGUGUUAUUUUUAUUUUUUUCCUUUUUUCUUUUCCAGUGUUAUCAUUUUUUCUUUAAUCUCCAUUAA